GACGAGGAAUGAGGUAACAGGGAGAGUAUAAAACUCACACCUGUUCACUGUUGUGCAAAACAUCCUGACACAGGCCUGAAGAUGGCGUUUUUGCUUCUCCUGGUGAUGCUGACGGCAUGUGCUGCAAUGCCUCAAGAUCUGUCUGGUAAAAUGUUGACCUUCCCGGAGCAAACCAACACGGCAAAUGUGAGACUGAUAACUUCAGCACAGAAUUUCAGUGCUGUAACUGUCUGUCUCAGAUCAUUUACAGACCUCAACAGAGCCCACGCACUUUUCUCUCUGGCCACGUCCUCUGUUCACAAUGCCUUCCUGAUAUUUAAGAAUGCUGAUGUGAUUGAGCUCUAUGUCCAGGAUAGAAGGGCCAAUUUUGCAGCAGAUGACUACAAGCUGAACGUGUGGCAAUCUGUUUGUUCUACAUGGGACUACACAUCUGGUCUGGUGCAGCUGUGGUUAGAUGGAAAGCCCUCAAUUAGGAAAUUCAUUGGUGGAUCAAGAAUCGGUACACCCAUUAUCAUCCUCGGACAG